AUGGCAUCUUCAUCAUCAUCAUCAUCAUCAUCAUCUUCUCCUUCUGCUCUAGCUUUUUCUUCUCAAUCAUGGAAAUAUGAUGUCUUUCUUAGCUUUAGAGGAGAAGACACUCGCAAGACUUUUGUGGAUCAUCUCUACACAGCUCUCAUACAACAAGGGAUCCACACUUACAAGGACAACGAAACACUUCCUCGAGGCGAAUUGAUUGGUCCAUCCCUUUUGAAGGCUAUAGAAGAAUCUCAAAUUGCUGUCAUCAUAUUCUCUGAAAACUAUGCAGAUUCAUCAUGGUGCUUAGAUGAGCUUGAAUGUAUUAUGAAAUGCAAGGAUACAAAAGGCCACAUUGUUAUGCCCAUAUUUUAUGGCGUGGAUCCUUCCGAAGUGCGAAAACAAAAACAAAAAUACGGAGAAGCAUUGUCCAAACAUGAGUUGGAGAACAAGACCAAAGUUGAAUCUUGGAGAAAAGCACUUGUGGAUGCAAGUAACAUUUCUGGAUGGGAACCCAAGCACAUUGCCAACGGGCAUGAAUCAAAGGUCAUCAAAGAAAUUGUUGAAACAAUUUCUCAGAGGUUGCAACUAGUAACUUCAAGUGCAAAUGAGGACCUGAUUGGAAUGGCGGAUCGCAUGCAACAUUUGAAAUUAGAGAUACAAAUUGGGUCGGGAGGUGUGCGCAUGAUUGGAAUAUGGGGGGUUGGGGGUGGUGGUAAGACUACUCUUGCUUCUUCCAUUUACAAUGAAAUUUCUAGCAAGUUUGACAGUUGCUGCUUUGUUGAAAAUAUUCGAGAGGAAUCAGGCAGAUAUGGUUUGGGAAAAUUGCAAGAAAAAAUUCUUUGUGGUGUUUUGAAACAAAAGGAAGUGCAGGGAAUAGGGAGAGUUGAGGAAGGAAGACAAAUGAUAAAGGAUAGGUUGUGCCACAAAAUGGUCUUGAUUGUGCUAGAUGAUGUCAAUCAGCUUGACCAACUAAAAGCGGUAGCUGGAUCACAUGAUUGGUUUGGUGAAGGAAGCCGAAUAAUAAUCACAACCAGAGAUGUGCAUUUAUUAAAUGCACAUAGAGUUGAUGUAAUGCACAAUGUUAGCUUGUUAAACGAUGAGGAGGCUAUUGAGCUCUUCCACAAGCUUUCACCGCAAGAUUACAUACGUAAGGAAGAUUAUGAGCGGCUUUCAAAAGAUGUGGUUUCUUAUGCUGGUGGGCUCCCAUUAGCACUUACAGUUCUCGGUCCUUUUCUGUGUGACAAAGAUACGGAUGAGUGGAUGAGUGUAUUAGCCAGAUUGAAAGAGAUCCCCAAUGAUGAUAUUGUGGGAAAGCUAAAAAUCAGCUUUGAUGGACUUACGGAGGUUGAGAAAGAGUUAUUCCUUGAUAUUGCCUGUUUUUUUAGGAGGGAGAGGAAAGACCAGGUAAUGGAGAUACUUGAUGCUUGUGGUUUUCAUCCUGUUAUAGGAGUGAAGGUGUUGAUACAAAAGGCCCUCAUAACUGUUUCCAACGGAAGGUUUGAUAUGCAUGAUCUGGUGCAAGAAAUGGGACACUACAUUGUUAGAGGGGAGCACCCUAACAAUCCUGAAAAACAUAGUAGAAUUUGGAAGGAGGAAGAUGUUCUAAAAAUAAGUGCUAUGGAUGCAACGGUGGAACUUAAAAAUAUUAAAGCACUGCAAAUUGGACUCAAUUGGUUGCCAAAGAAAGAACAAGAUCUUCCUCUGAUUGCUGCAAACAUGAAGAACCUUCGUUAUGUUAAAUGGGAUGUCAACCAUGAAAAUCCAUUGCUUAAUAACUUUCCACCUAGGGAGCUUUGUUAUCUUCAUUUGUCCAGAGUCUUGCAAAAACAACUUUGGGAGGGUUGUAAGUUGCUGCCAAAUUUGAAGAUAAUGGAACUUUGGAGUUCUAAUAUAAUCAUGACACCAGAUUUUGAUGGAGUUCCAAAUCUUGAAAGAUUGAAGCUGUAUCAAUGCAUGUAUUUAGAAGAGAUUCAUCCAUCAAUUGGACGCUUGGAAAGGCUUGUUCUCUUAUCAGUAGAAGCUUGUACCAGUCUUAAGAUGUUUCCACCUGUUACCCGACUAAAGAAACUCGAGACCCUUUCUUUCCAUCAUUGCCCCCAACUUUUUAAUCCCUCAGAGAUCCAACAGAAUAUGGACAAUUUAGGUCGCAGCAAUCUUCCUGGUGUAGAAUGUUGUUUUCAGGGGCUUUCUUUAUGCCAAACCAAGAUAGGGUUGCAGUUUAUCCUCAACAUGCAAGAACUUGGAUUCUUAACAAAGUUGGAACUCAGCAACUGUGGUUUGGGAGAUGAAGACAUAGGCUCUGAUGUUUGGGAGUUAGCCAACUUGCAAGUACUGAAUCUAGAUGGAAAUAAAUUUUCACGACUAAAUUUUGGUCUCUUCGGACUUCCCCGGCUCAAAUGGUUAAACCUGUCAUGGUGCCAAGAACUUGUAGAAGUGUCAGAGCUCCCACCAAGUAUAUCUAUUCUUACAAUGGAUUAUUGUUACUCACUUAGAAGCUUCGGAGAUAUUUCAAACUGCAAAUGGUUGUGGAAAGUCUCACAUGCGGGUGGGUACAACUUAAAUCCACUUGAUGGUGAGAUAUUACUACACUCCAUGCUUCAGGCAAUUGAUAUUGAACAUCACUUCAUUGAUUUCGCUCUCGCACACCAAAUUCCAAAGGGGUUUGUAGGUGGGUGCUUUAUGGGGAAAACAUUCACAUGGCGUUUUCCAAUUGAAUACAGGAAGCCAUCCGGAGCUUCCAUUAAAUCUCAUAGUGAUAAGUUUACACUGCGUCUUCCAGAUGAUUGGUACAAUGAGUUUUGUGGGUUGUUAAUACGUGUUGUUGCCAACUCCGGGAUUCUGGAUAUUGAUAUAAUCAUCAAGCAGGAGCCAGAUAAUAGAGAGUAUGUUUUUAAGAAUUGGAGGUUUGAUAAACAACCGGAGCCUGAAUAUGAUGGAAAAGUAAAGACAUAUGUGGGAUAUGUUCCCUUUAGUUCUUUGAGGCGGACCAUGUCAUUGAAUUCAUCAUACAAUAUCAUUUCAUUUCACAUACACAGGAUGUAUUGGACUUCGUUUGCAGCUGAGCUCGUUCCUAGGAGAAGUAAAGAUGAUCCAAUGCAAACAACACAAGUCGCAACAAAUUGCUCUGAAUUUUGGAAUAAUGGACAGACAUUUGAGAUCCAACAAGAUUUAGGAUCUUCUAUCAAGAUUUCAUGGGGGCGUUGGAAAAACAUCUAAUGAGACUCGAUCGAAACUUGUAAUUGUGAUUACAGUUCAACAUACAUCGAGAAACAAAUUGCAAAGGCAGGAGAAGGAAUGUCAUGAAGAUGAUUGCAUAAGGAUCAAACAAGAUCUGAACCUGAUGGUGUAAUUCACUAUAGCAGGUGCUGGAGUCUGAUUCAAAGAACUCUUGAUUUGAAUGAUUUGAAUCUAGGCUCCGAUUCCAUAAUAUAUUUUUGAGUAUUGAGAAGGAAAGUCUUGUAUAUUAUAUUGAAAAUUAAUAGAAAUGAG